AUGCAUAUCAAAAAGACGACUCUGGUCAUGCUAGUGCUGGCACUGGCAGUGUCGACCGUCAACACCCUGCCUCAACCUCAGAUGUCCGGCGAUAUCAUGCCAAUGGCUUUGGACCCAGAUGGAGGACAGGUCCCCAAUGCUCCUGCACCUUCGCCCUCAGCUGGUACAACAACAACAACACCGCCAGUAACGAGUACGGUCGCACCGACAACGCCUGCGCCGGUAACGCCUCUGCCGGUCACAACCACGGUUGAUCCCAUCACUACAGACGUACCCACGACCACGAUCGCUCCCAUCACACAACAACCCACGACCACUCCGUCAACAGAGCCGACCAAGUCCAAGACAACUACUGCUGUUGCUGGUGGAGGAGGAGGAGUAGUAGUGCCUACGCAUAUUGGUACUUCAAUGACGACGGGCACCAGUACAAGUGCGGCCAUACCGACUCAAAGCAACAGCAAGGAGACCAGUGGAGGCGGAUCGACGGGUAACCUUCAAACGGCCGGUAUUGUCGUGGGAUCGGUUAUUGUCGCAGCCGCCAUUGGUAUCUGGGUCUUCAGAAAGUGGAAGCUUUCGCCUUCAAGAGAAUUCCAAUCCAAGAUCAAUGGUGACGAAUAUCAAGACUAUCCUCGCAGCUACGAGUCCGAUACGGUGUUCUUGCGCAACCUUGGGGACCAGCCUGCAGAGCCAGCGCCUGCAAAAUCGCCCUACAGUGCGCAAGCGGCCUUGCCUGCAGAAGAACCCGUGCAACCGCAAAAGCAGCAGCAGCAGUACUAUGGUGCCGACUAUGCACACGACGCCAAUGCGGGUUAUGAUGGAUAUGGCGGCGCCGCAGGAUAUGAGCACCAGGGCGGAUAUGACCAUCAUGGUCAGGGUGGAUAUGAUCCUCAAGGAUAUGGACAUGGAUACGAUAACGGGUAUGGACAUGGUGAUUAUGCAGAGUCGCAGGUCGGUGGAGGAUAUGCGGCAUCGAACGUAGGAGGCGGGUAUGCGGCGUCGAAUGUGGGCGGUGGCGGUGGAUACGGGGCGCCGAAUGUGGGAGGAGGAUAUGCGGCGUCGAACGUUGGGGGUGGUUAUGCAGCCUCGAACGUCGGAGGUGGAUACCAGCAUCAGGGAUACGAUGAAUAUGGUCGGCGAUAG